AUGAGGAGCGCUUUGGGGCGGCGAGCGUGAGUGACAGGCGGCUGUGCGGUGCAAGUCCGACACCCGAGGAGCGCGCUUUGGUGGCGUCCGCUCAAUGCAACAAGCGCCACUACCGCAGAUAAGCACAAAAGAUGCGCUUUGUGUUCGCGAGUGCAGUUAGGGCAGAUUAAUGCAGUUUGGAAAGUAGGAUCGCUCUGUAGGUUUUCAUUUGCGAAGUUUGUUCAGAAGAAACUCUGAGCUGAACGGAGCAGGCAACAGCUGCUCCCGGAGUUCGUUUCCAUCAACUUUGGCUGUUUUUCAGAGGCUUUGGGAGACACGCUCCAGUCAAACUCUGCGGCUCAAAACGACUGCAGAGUAAAGCGUUUAGCUAUCAAACGGGGACUUCGUCGGAAGAAAAGGACAAAUCGGCCAGGGGUCCGAAGGACAUUGAUGUCAGUCUCCUGGCAGUUCUCCCAAAAGUUUCAGAGUUGAGGAAGCACUUUGAAAACAGUGCCCCACGUGACUUUGAGAUGAACCGCAAGGAGAGGAUGACGCGGCACCUGGAGUGCGCGGAGAGUGACCCCCAACCCGCUGGAUUGGUGGCCGACAGACUGUUAGAGGAGGACAUGCCGCGCUACACCCGCGCCUCUGACCCCUGUGACCCCUGUGGAGUCACAGUUGGACGAUUAAACAAGGAGGGAACCCAGAGCCCAGAGAUGUUGGACCCAGCUGCAGAGAGGCAGUCCAGGGCCCGCUGUCGUGCCGAGGUCCACACUGCUCACAAAGAGUCCGCGUAUGAUCCAGCGGGCCUGGAGUCCAAGGCAGAACGGAUAGCCAGGUAUAAAGCGGAGAGGAGGCGGCAGCUGGCUGAGCGCUACGGCAUUUCACUGGACCAGGAGGCGGACGCAGACUACGCUCCCCGCUAUGUCAGUCACCGCAAGGAGCGUGAUGUGCCAGAGGCUCAAGUAGCCCCAGUGUCCUCGGAACGCCAGCAUGCCAGCGGGAAGGAGCAGGCAGAAGAGGUGAUGGAGAAAAGUCAUAACCAGGCAUACCUGUGCAGCAGUACGAGCCCUGGACUGGGGAAGAUUUUGGCAGAGCCCGGUGUGCACUGGGAGGAGAGCGGUGUCUCCGAGCGCGAGAGACUGAUGAACCUGGAGAAUUACAGGCGGGGACAGGGUGAGGACCUUGGCGACCAGCCGCCUUACAUGGACAUGUCUGCCGCAGCCCAAAGACCCGCCAGGGAUGGUGCCAGUGCACCAAGGGCCUCUCCGCCCUCCCCGAAGCAUGGCGCCUCCCCCGGGGACUUACUCAUCGAGCAGCAUGCACAGGCCGUCCUCAACAGGCAAGGCAUUGACGCGAAACCAAAGAGCGAUUGGUUUCUUCAGACCGAUUUGGAAGGGGACACACAGUCUCUAAUCAACUGGCCAUCCAGAGUUAAAGUUAGAGAGAGGAUGGCGAGGGAGGAAGGUGUAAGGAGAAGCCCGGAGUUGGCGCCGGAUUCAUUCUCCAGGGGGGGAACCCUGGUGCCUCAGAACUCGGCCCUCCUCCGUGAGCUCUUCACCUCCCAAAUCACAUGUGGCCCCAUGACUGGGCCAGGGACGGCGAGGCAGCCCGAGGGCACAGACUGCCAGAGCUAUCUGUCUGUUGAGGGCGUGUCAAAGACCUACAGUGCCAGAAAGGAGGAGGAUCCCAAAUGGGGUUCUGGGGAGCCGGACGGCAUUUGUACUGAAGGGCUUCUGAAGAGCCGGAAGGCGGUAUUGCCCUCGGAGAUCCGGCGCAGGGAGAGAAGCGUGGAGGAUCCUCGCCGGGGCCACCGUGAGGAAGAACCUCGGGCCCGCAGGGCCAGCCAGGACCUGGGUUAUGGCACCCCAGAGGAACACGUGUCCUCGGCACAUGGCUCCAGGGUGCGGCAAGGCCGGGCCCGGGACAGCCGACGGCAAGGCAACAUCCUCGUCUGCCCCCAGAGGGAGCCAGAGGCAUUCAAGGAGAAGCCCAAAACACUGAUUCGUUCUAUAUCUGAUGCACCAGCGUCGUCUUCACGGGUGGCAGUGUUCCAGGGGCCGGAGCCGGGCACGGACGAGGGGUUGGUGUUCCACGGCACUCUAACCAAUGGAGAGCAUGUUGCCUUGGACACCGGGGUCUCCGUGGCACAGCUCCGCCUCUCCUACCUGGAGAGCACUGGUGUCACCAAGAAACCUGAGCUAGAGGCUAAGGUAGAGCUGGGCAGGGGCUUGGCUGGGAGAGCGGAGGGCAGGGGCGCUCGGAGACCCAGGCGCUAUAUCUCCGCUGACGAUGAUAGAAAGGCCUCUGAGAGAUUUAGGACCCAGCCGAUCACGUCCGCAGAGCGCCUGGAGUCCGAUAGGUCCUGUCUGAGUCCUGAGCGACAGAGUACUGAAGUGGAUGACGAGAAGCUUGAUGAGAGAGCGAAGUUGAGUGUGGCAGCCAAGCGCUCCCUCUUCAGGGAGCUUGAAAAGACUGCAGAAGGGGGGGCCCCCAAGCCCCGCUCCCGGAAUGCAGCGAUGGAACGCCGGAUGAGGCGAACGCAGGACCGCUCACGCACCCAGCCCGUCACCACCGAGGAGGUGGUCAUCGCCGCCACUCCCCCCACCCCAGCCACGACUAUCCCCACAGCGGUCACUCGAGUUCCAAUCCCAGCUGUAGUCAGCAGCUCAGAAACACGAUGCAGUUUGCAGGCCUCUUCCCAAAAGACCUCUGCGGCUCCAGAGCAGUCAAAGGAACCCCAACCAGCACCGGGGUCCAAACAGGCCCCUUCGUCUGAGGACGAAUCCCAGGAGCCAGAUUUAUCCACCCUCAGCCUGGCCGAGAAGAUGGCCCUCUUCAACCGGCUGGCCCAGCCUGCCACUAAGGUUACGAGUGCCCGGCCGGACCCUCGGCAGCGCAGGAGCAGCGCCCGCUACCAGACACAGCCCAUCACCCUGGGAGAGGUGCAGCAGGACCUGCUAAGUACAGAUUCCUCUCUGCAAUCCAGUGGCUCUGUAGAACUUCUGGAUGUCUAUUAUGAGACAGCUCAACUUCGGAGUGGUGGUUCCGGCCUCGGACCCCUGACAAAGCCCACGGUCACAGACACCCCCACCCAGGCGGGGGACAUCCAUCUGGUUCAGGAGUCCAGCUGCCACCGGACUCGGGUCGUGGCUUCUGGCCCGUUCCCCAGGAGUCCUCAGGCACCCCACGGUCCAGAGGCAAGGUCUGACAUCCAGGGGGAUACCACCCCCCAGGCCGGGGCAGGUGAGGGCAACGGGAAGAGGAAGCUGCCCUCCCCAGGAGAGGAGGCCCGGCAGCCUCCCCAGCCUCAGCCUCCCCGAGGGUGGGGGGCGGGGCCAGAGGCUCUGGUGCAAGCCUCCACUGACAGGGCAGAGUGCUCGAUUUGGAGCCCGAAGAAAGAAGAGUGUCCUCUCUCCCAGGAGAAAGAGGAGUACCGGGGCACUCUGGGGGAGGCCCAGGCCUCACACGACCUGCACCAAGGGGGAGGCGGCUUUGCCCCCGGGACAAACAGCUCAGUCUCCGCCUCUCUGUCAGAGCCCAGCACAGCCGUGAGAGCCCCAGCAGUGCCGGUGUGGAGACGCGUGCCCCGCAACAGCAUCGGCAACUCUCAAGAGCCCCUGACUGCCAAGGAGAGCCACCCUGAGGCUGUGGGGGACUCCUAUGAAACCAUGACCACUAAACAGAUGUCUAUCAAGGAGAGGCUGGCCCUGCUUAAAAAGAGUGGCGAGGAGGACUGGAAGAACCGAAUCAACAAGAAGCAGGAUGUGGCGAUGGCAGCCAUGGCAGAGAGGCCCACGUACGUCUGGGAGACGGAGCCAGGCUUCAAGAAAACGGAGGAGGGCUUGAUAGCUGAUGACUUGCUGGUUUCUGAGCAGCUCUGGGAACCUGUCUAUGCUUCCACUUAUGCACCACCGAUCAGCUCUGCCCCCACCUUGCAGUAUAUCGAUCUUCAGCAGGUCAAAGCACCCAGUGUUGGGGAGUCUGGCCCUCUGCAGAUGGAUGAGCGGCACCCAUGGAGGUGGAAGAGGAUGGGACAGGAGGUUGAAGUUCCGCGCACUGAACCGCACAUGACCAUAGAGGAAAGAAAGCAACUGAUGACGGCACGAGAGGAGGCGUGGAAGACGAAGGGCAAGGGUGUGGCCAACGACUCCACCCAGUUCACCGUGGCAGCACGUAUGGUCAAGAAAGGUCUUGCAGCACCCUCUGCCAUCAGCCCCACGCAGUCUCCAAUUUCCAUGAAAAACAAGAGUACCACACCAGCCAUCUCCAAGCCCCAGGAAGAAAUUGAGGCCAGACCUGGAAUGAACUUAGAAUCUGACAAAAAACUUGACAAACUUGAAUCAUUCUUGGGGAGGCUCAACAACAAAUUGGGAGGGCUUCAGGAGCCCACAGUAUCUGUAACGGAGAAGUCCAUCAAAGAGGUGAUGAAGCUGGAUGACGAGAUCUUUUCAAAGUUCUACAGUCAUGUAGAAGAUCUCUCUCGCACGUCAGACCUCGUUGAUAUUGAUGACGACUUUGAUGCCAUAUUUGGUCCCCAGGUUCCAAAGCUGACCUCGGCCAUGGUAGAGCACAAGCGGGCUGUACGACCUGUCCGCAACGUUCAGGCAUCUCGGAACCCUCUGAAGAUCCUGGCAGCACGCAAGGACAUCCGUCACGAGUACACAGAGCAGCGGCUCAACAUCGGCAUGCUGGAGUCCCAGCGGGUGAAAGCUGAGAAGAUGGGCAAGAACUCUGGGUAUUCUGAGGUGGCACUGGCAGGCCUGGCCAGCAAAGAGAACUUCAGCAGUGUUAGUCUACGUAGCGUCAACUCCUCCGAGCAGACAUCCAACAACAGCGCAGUGCCCUACAAGAAGCUCAUGCUUCUGCAGGUCAAAGGCCGUCGACAUGUCCAGACCAGGCUGGUGGAGCCUCGCGCUUCUUCUCUAAACAGCGGAGACUGCUUCCUCCUCAUCUCUCCCCACCACUGCUUCAUCUGGACUGGGGAGUUUGCAAACGUCAUUGAGAAGGCUAAGGCCAGUGAACUUGCCACAUUUAUCCAGAGCAAACGAGACCUGGGGUGCCGAGCUGUUUGCAUUCACACCAUCGAGGAGGGAAUUAACACUCACACACAUGCAUCCAAAGAGUUCUGGAAGAUUCUGGGUGGGCAAGCCAGCUACCAGGCUGCCGGGUCACCUGAAGAGGACGAGCUGUACGAGAGCGCCAUCGUAGAGACUAACUGCAUCUACCGCCUAUUCGACGACAAGUUGGUCCCAGAUGAUGACUUCUGGGGGAAGGUUCCUCGGUGCUCUCUGCUGGACUCUAAAGAGGUGCUCGUGUUCGACUUUGGAAGUGAGGUGUAUGUGUGGCACGGUAAGGAGGUCACACUGGCACAAAGGAAGGUGGCCUUCCAGUUGGCCAAGCACCUAUGGAAUGGUACCUUUGAUUACACCAACUGCGACAUCAACCCCCUCGACCCAGGGGAGUGUAACUCCCUCAUUCCCAGGAAAGGACAGGGUCGCCCUGAUUGGGCGAUCUUUGGCAGGCUCACAGAACACAACGAGACCACCCUGUUCAAGGAGAAGUUCCUGGACUGGAUGGACUCGAAAAAACAGCCAGCCAAGAACGGCAUUGAGAAGCCCAGUGAUGAGAAGUCCCUUGAGCUCCUGGGCUCUGACCAUCAGCCGUACGACGCCGCGCUUAUGCUGCCCCAGUUACGGACGCCCGUGACGAUGCUGCUGGAGGGCGUGGAUGUGGGCCGGGGCUACGGUUCGGUGGAGGGGGAUGACCAGCGGCGAUUCGAGCUCAGCACGCUGGCCGUGGACGUGUGGCACAUACUGGAGUUCGAUUACAGCCGACUGCCCCGGCAGAGUAUCGGACAGUUCCACGAGGGAGACACGUACGUCGUCAAGUGGCGGUACAUGGUGAGCGCGACAGUUGGGAAGAGGCAGAACCCUGAGCAGGGGCGUGUGGCGGCAGCCGGGAAGGAGAGGUGCUGCUACUUCUUCUGGCAGGGCCGGCACUCCACGGUGAGCGAGAAGGGAACAUCGGCACUGAUGACCGUGGAGCUGGACCAGGAACACGGGGCGCAGGUCCAGGUACAGCAGGGUAAAGAGCCCCCCUGCUUCCUGCAGUGCUUCAGCGGAGGAAUGAUAGUGCAUUCAGGAAAGAGGGAGGAAGAAGAGGAGAACGUGCAGAAUGAGUGGCGGCUGUACUGUGUACGCGGUGAGGUUCCAGUGGAGGGCCACCUGCUGGAGGUGGCGUGUCACUGCAGCAGCCUGCGUUCCCGUACAUCCAUGAUCCUGCUUAACGUGGGAAAGGCCGUCAUCUACCUGUGGCAUGGCUGUAAGGCCCAGCAGCACAUGCGUGAUGUGGGCCGUACUGCCGCCAACCAGAUCAAGGAGCAAUGCCCCCUGGAGACAGGCCUGCACAACAGCAGCAAAGUGACCAUCCACGAGUGUGAUGAGGGGGCGGAGCCCCCAGGCUUCUGGGAGGCUGUGGGCAGAAGGGACCGGAAGGCCUACGACUGCAUGCUGCAAGAUCCGGGGAAGUUCAACUUCACGUCGCGGCUCUUCCAGCUAAGCAGCUCAUCGGGGGAGUUCACAGCCACAGAGUUCUUCUACCCCGCCAGAAGCGCUGAGCUGGUCCACUCUCUGCCCUUCCUGCAGGAGGACCUGUACUCAGCUAGCCAGCCAGCCCUGUUCCUCGUGGACAAUCAUCACGAGGUGUACCUGUGGCAGGGCUGGUGGCCGCAGGAUGCUGAGGCCACGGGCUCUGCCCGCAUCCGCUGGGACGCAGAUAGGAAGUGUGCCAUGGAGACCGUGCUGCGGUAUUGCAAAGAGAAAAAUGAGAAGAAGCCCCCCAAGGCGUAUCUGAUCCACGCUGGUCUGGAACCCCUUACCUUCACAAAUAUGUUCCCCAGCUGGGAGCACCGAGAGGAUAUUGCUGAGAUCACAGAACGGGAAGCCGAGGUGUGCCAACAAAUCAUCCUAGUACAGGACGUGCUUUCCCGGCUCUGCAAGGACAGCUACCCACUGACCGAACUACAGGCACGCCCCCUUCCAGAAGGUGUAGACCCUCUUCACCUGGAGCUGUACCUGUCGGACGAGGACUUUGAGGGCAUAGGGGCUUCUGGGAAGAAAGCUCUGGAGAUGACGAGGGAGGCCUUUGAGGCACUGCCAGGCUGGAAGCAGGUGAAGCUGAAGAAAGCCAAGGGACUGUUUUAGGCCAUCCUGGCCUCCCAGCACCCCGACUGUCGCUGGGGUUACUCUUGGACCCUAUCUGCCACUAAGAUCACUUUAACCCCUUCCUGCCAAAGCCCUGAUUGGAUGGCUCAGAGGCAGACCCUCCUGAGUGGCUCAUGGCGUGAGGUGGGGAGGGAAAACCAAUUGGGAAUGUCCAUCUCCAGAGGUGUGUCAGCUUCCUGCAGCUUCCUUGUCGUGUUCUGUUUUUAUUUUUAAUUUUUUUUUUUCCUCCUCUUCUGGUUUAGUGAAAGAACCCUAAUGCUGAUACUGGACUCGGCAUAUUUUUAUUGUUUUUUUUUUUUUUUGAUUAUAUAUAUAUAUAUAAAAAAUAUAUAAAAUGCGUAGUACCUCAUGCACUUAAGUACCAGCCGCACCGUGUGCUGUUUGCCUCUCCGAGAAACGUCUCUAAGGUUAAUUUUUUUUGUGUGAUUGAUCGUGGUUUUCACCAUAGAAAAGCAGAAGGAAGUGUUUUGGUGUUCAACAUGUGGAAGGAUGCUGCCCCCUGUUGGAGUAUUUGUGCAACUUGCGUCAUGUCCCGCUUCCUGCAGUAUGACUUGUCCUUGGCUCUCUUUGUGUCACGCCAACCCCUCCCCCCCAACCCCUGGCCGCACCCCUUUAACCUCUCGGAUGCUGAAGUCAAAGAAUUUUGUAUUAAUGGCAUGGGCUUACUGGAGGAGGCUGGGGUUGGGGGAACAAGUGUUUCUAUAUGAAUUCUAUAAUGUACAGUGCCUUGCUUUUGUGUACAGUUUAUAUACAAAAGGAUAUUAGUCUAAAUUUUGAAGACUUUCUUUGUGAUAAAGGAAAUGGUGAAAAAAUAAACGCUGAAUAUUGCGAAA